AGCGAUCGAUCGAGCUUUGGUCGUUGAAGCAACGAGGGCAGCACCAUCGAAGUGGUCCUAAAUUCAGCCUACUUCCUAAUGGCGGCGUAGUUACGUUGGUGGUGCAUGGUGUCUUGCCGUAACCAAACAUGUCGGCAGGCGUAUUGUUUCGUCGCGUGAUACUCGUUGGGACACAAAUACUACACUCGAGCGUCUUGAAACUGCCUUCAGGACAUUCAUUGCAGCUCGGUAGAAGUCUGUGGCGUCAUGUGGAGGUUCCGAAACCUGGAGUGGCUGGGAAGAGCUAUCGGCGAAUCGUUCACUUUCCGAAGGAAUAUACAGUUAAGCCGUUGGAGGUUACCAAUUUAGCCGGAAGAGAUCCCGUAACAGGGAGAGUUGUGGCCAAAGGCAUCGGCGGUGGGAUAAAGCACAAGUACCAUUGGAUCGCUUGGAAGAGGGAUGGACCUACGGACGUUGGUGUCAAGCCGAAGGAGGAAAAAGUUCUUGAAGUAUUUCAAGACGGCUGUAGAACAGCAUUCGUGGCUCUUGUGGGAACAGGUCGUGAUCUCAAGUAUAUUCUGGCAACAGAGAACAUGAAGCCGGGCGACGUGAUUCGUACAUCCUGUGCUAUUCCAAGGAACCCCGUGAGACCGGCCGAAGGCGAUGCGUAUCCCUUGGGAGCACUGCCGAUGGGCACACAAGUACACUGCGUCGAGAAGUAUCCAGGAGCCGGUGGUUGCCUCAUUCAUGCGGCAGGUACAUUCGGUACUCUCAUGCGACGGGACGGCAAUGACCGAGUGAUCUUGCGGAUGCCUAGCAAACGCGAAUUUAGCCUUCAUCAGAACUGCAUGGCUACCGUCGGGCGUCUCUCGAACGUUAUCCACGGAAGUACUCCUAUUGGCAGCGCCCAGCGGAACAGAGAGCUUGGAAAUCGACCACGUAGCGGACUGUGGCAACGUAAAACCGGUCGCCAUGGCCGAAAGAUUCGACCGCCUCCUCCGGUGCGCAAGUUCGACCACAAUACGCGAUCAUCUCAAUCCGUAGCGCCGAUACGGCUUAGUCUUAAUGUAUGAGUAAUGAAACGUUGAUGCCAAUGGCAAAUAAAGAGUGUUAUUAAAUAUAAUAUA